AUGAAACUGAAACUCAAGAAGUUCAGUGACUUGCCCAAGAGAAAGGACGGCUGGGCGCCUGCGGUGAGCGCACCGGUGCCCAGCAGGUGGCGCUGCGGCCCGGAGCCCUCCCGGUGGCGCUGCGGCCCGGAGCCCUCCCGGCGGCGCUCCGACACAGGGCGCGGCCACGCAGCCCCCUUCCUUCCGCCCGGGCGGCCCACCUGGCCCGGCUCUGCGCACACAGGACGCUUUGCCCUGGGUUCGUCUCGAUCUCGGGUCCUGGCCCGCGCACCGGGCCGCCCCGCCACAGCGGGCGGCACGGCGCUCCCCGGGGUUCGGGCCCGCGGCUGGGUGAAGGUCGCCAAGAUGGCCCAGAGGCGCCACCUCGCGGAGGACGCGGGAGGACCCCGGGGUCCUACGCCCGGGAGCCAGCGCGCAGCACUUUACGUCCACUGGCCCUACUGCGAGAAGCGCUGCAGUUACUGCAACUUCAACAAGUACAUCCCCCGCGGCGUGGACGAGGCUGCUAUGAGACGCUGUCUGGUGACCGAGGCUCAGACGCUGCUGCAACUCAGUGGGGUGCGGCGAGUGGAGUCUGUGUUCUUUGGUGGGGGUACCCCCAGUCUGGCCAGCCCCCAUACUGUGGCAGCUGUCCUGGAGGCAGUGGCCCAGGCAACUCACUUGCCUGCAGACUCUGAAGUCACAUUGGAGGCCAACCCCACUUCGGCCCCAAGCUCCAGGCUGGCAGCAUUCCGGGCAGCAGGAGUCAACAGGUUGUCCAUUGGCCUCCAGUCCCUAGACGACACUGAGCUCCAGCUGCUGGGGAGGACACACUCGGCCAGUGAUGCUCUGCAGAUGCUGGCAGAGGCCCGGCGCCACUUCCCGGGGCGUGUUUCUGUGGACCUGAUGCUGGGGCUGCCGGCACAGCACGUGGGGCCGUGGCUUGGGCAGCUGCGGAAACUGCUGCGCCACUGUGAUGACCAUGUGUCCCUCUACCAGCUGUCCCUGGAGCGGGGCACCGCCCUCUUCACCCAGGUGCAGCAGGGUGCCCUUCCUGCCCCUGACCCCGAACUUGCUGCUGAGAUGUACCAGGAGGGACGGGCAGUCCUUCGGGAGGCUGGCUUCCGCCAGUAUGAGGUCUCCAACUUCGCCCGGAAUGGGGCGCUUAGUACCCACAACUGGACUUACUGGCAGUGCGGUCAGUACCUUGGCGUUGGACCUGGAGCCCAUGGGCGAUUUAUACCCCAGGGGGCUGGGGGCCACACCCGAGAGGCUCGGAUCCAGACCCUGGAGCCGGACAACUGGAUGAAGGAGGUGACGCUGUUUGGUCACGGCACCCGGAGGCGCAUCCCCCUGGGCGAGCUGGCGCUUCUGGAGGAAGUCUUGGCCAUGGGACUACGCACAGACGUGGGGAUCACUCACCAGCACUGGCAGCACUUGGAGCCCCAGCUGACCUUGUGGGACCUGUUUGUAGCCGACAAGGAGGUGCAGGAGCUGCUGGAGCAGGGCCUCUUGCUGCUGGAUCACAGGGGUCUUCGGUGUUCCUGGGAGGGGCUGGCCGUGCUGGACUCUAUGUUGCCGACCCUUCUGUCUCGGCUCCAAGAGGCCUGGCAGCAGAGAACUCCCUCCCCUGUGCCAGGAGGAUAACCACAUGUUCCUGUGUCCCAGUGACACUGCCAUCUCCACUGGCAGGUGCUGUCCCGGCUCUGGUCACUGCCCGGCCCUGGCAUCCCCA